AUGUCCUUCCCCCGCGCCAUCCGCCAAGCCUUCCUGGCCAUCGAACAAGCCGAAGGCGCCGGCGCCCGCGUCCGCCGCUCCAUCGGCACACGCAACCUCCGCAACUUCAGCCCCUUCCUCAUGCUAGACCACUUCACCAUCGGCAAAGGCGCCGGUUUCCCGGACCACCCGCACCGAGGCCAAGAAACCAUCACAUACCUCCUCUCAGGCGGAGUCGACCAUGAAGACUUCGCCGGAAACCGAGGCACCAUUGGCCCUGGCGAUCUCCAAUUCAUGACCGCCGGACGAGGCAUCAUGCACGCUGAGAUGCCGCACGAGAACCCGGACGGCAGUCCCAACGUCGGCAUGCAGCUCUGGGUGGACCUGCCCAAGGAGCUGAAGAUGUGCGAGCCGCGGUACCGCGAUCUGCGGGCGUCGGAGAUCCCCAUUGCCACAGCGGAUGACGGGCGCGUCACGGUGAAGGUCAUCUCCGGGCAGUCGCAUGGAGUUGAUUCGGUACGGGAUCUGGCGUACACGCCUGUUUGGCUGUUGGAUGUGACGGUGAAGCCUGGGGGCCGGGUGAAGCAGGUGCUCCCCGUGGGGUGGAACGCGUUUGCGUAUACGUUGGCCGGGAAGACGAUUUUCGGGUCCGGCGGGGAGACGAAGACCAUUAAGGAGUUUCAUAAUGUGGUGUUUGAGCAGAAGGGCGAUUUCGUCGAGGCGUCGGUUCCCGAGAAUGCGGAUGAGGAAGGAAGGUUCCUUUUGGUGGCGGGGCAGCCGUUGGAUCAGAAGGUCGUGCAGUAUGGCCCGUUUGUGGUCACCAGUGAGCAAGAGGUGUACCAGGCGAUGGUGGACUUCCAGACUGCGUCGAAUGGGUUUGAGAAGUCCAGGAAUUGGGAGAGUGAGAUUGGGAAGCGCAUGGCUUAUUAG